AUGGACUUGAAGAAUGACAAGCAAACCACCGUUUCGGUCUGGAUUAGGUUGAAUAACCUCCCUCUUGAUCUAUGGUUGGCUUCGGUUAUUGGAGGCAUAGCUAGUGCCAUUGGGAAACCUCUCUAUGUUGACCAAUACACGGAGCAUACGAAGGUGCUUUCCUUUGCAAGAGUUUGUGUUGAAAUUUAUGCCAAUCAACCUAGAUGCUCUACUGUUGAUGUAGUUUUAAACGGAGUCUCGUGCUCAAUUUCAAUUGAAUUUGAAUGGAAGCCAGCUGAAUGUUUGUCUUGUGGCACCUUCGGGCAUAGGUGUGAGGUUACUGUGGCCAAUAUAGGUAGUGGGGAGGCUCCAGAUCAGGCCGCCUUAGACCUGCCCGCCCCUACUCAGGCUCCCGUUUCAGCUCCGGUUGUGGUGGAGAACUCGCAGGCUUCACAGCUUAGCUGGAACUUGGUGAUAGGGAAAAAGAAGAAGCCUUUGCAAUUGAAGGAUCGUCCUUCAACCCAGCUGCCUCCUCCUGUUGAGACGGGCAACUUGAUGAAGCUCAAAGGCCUUGCUACGGACCAACCUCUUCCCCUGUCCAUAGUUCGGAAGUCGUUAAGGAGCGCAAGUGUUUCAAAGCCAACAUCCCCUCUUAACCCUUUGGUGAAGAGACCUAGCUCACUGCCAGAGGUUCUUUCCUCCCCCUUUGAGGAGGAUAAAGACCAGACCGUAGCCUUCAAUUUUGAUCAUAAUGCCGGUAGGGAUUCCGUGCUUUCAGAUAGCUACUUUAGCUUAGACGAUGAUUUGCUCUCACCUAUUUCGUCCUUGAAGGCUCCUACCUCUUCAAGGAAGGUUGAGACCAUCAAAGAGAAACUCACGGCCCUUGAUCCGACCCCUUCUCCUGUCGCUACCUCAGUUGCUUCGGUGGCCUCACGACGAAAGCCAAGUAGGCGGAGGUAG